AUGUCUUCUGCAGACUUUGUUGAUCACAACUCCAAAUGGGAGGAACAUAGAUAUGCACUUGCUGCAGGUUUUUCUUCAAGAAAAAAUACUUCUUGGAAAAAUGGUGGUUUAGUGAAAAUAAGAUAUAUUGUCUACUCAAAAGAAGGAUUUCAUGUUAGCAAAGCAAUAGAUUCUGGUUCAGUUGAUGAAAAUAGUAAAAAGAUUGUUAGACGUAAUAGAGAAGAACAUAAUCAUAUCUUUGUUGAAGAUGAAGAUAUUCAUUUCUUGCCUGCUGCCAGAAGUAUUGAAUAUGUUAAAGAAAGUUUUAUAUCUGGAUUGUCUGCAAUCAAUGUUGGACCUGUUAAAGCAUUCAAUAUUAUGAAAACAAUGUAUGGUGGUUUUGGUGAAGUUGGUGCUAGUAAAGUUGAUUGUAAGAACUAUAGAAGGGAUUUGAAUCUUUACAUAGGUGAGUAUGAUGCAGAAGUGGUAGUUAGGCGUCUUAUUAGGAAGAAAGAAUGUUCUCUUGGUUUUAUAUGUGAUUAUGUUAUUGGUGAAGAUAGAAGAUUGAAAGGACUUUUCUGGGCUGGUGAGCAAUCAAAAACAAAUUAUACAGUAUUUGGUGACAUAAUAGGUUUUGAUGCUACUUAUAAAUCAAACAAGAAUGUCACAUUUGGUGGUGCAUUACUUGGUUCUGAGACUGCAGAUUCUUAUCGAUGGCUUUUAAGGUGCGUUGUUAAUGCUUUUGGAAAUGAGCCUAAAGUUGUUGUUACUGGUCAAGAUGCUGCAAUGAGGAGAGCUAUUAAGGAUGUUCUUUCAAGAAGUAGACAUAGGUCAUGUAUGUGGCAUAUAUGGGAGAAAUUAAAGACAAAGGUUGGUCCUGUUUUGUCAUCCAACACUAAGUUUAAUACAAAAAAUGACUCGUGUUGUUUGGAAUGA